GGCUCCGUUUCUCGGCGUUUCCGUGUUGUUUCGUGUGUCAGCAGAUUGAGACGGCUCAUCGCGGUUGAUAGGAACCAAAGAAGAAGACACGAGAUGAAGAGCAAAAUCAGCAGCGCUCAAGUGAAUGUGAAGAGGCGGUCCUGGUCCUGGCAGCAGUACCUAACUGAGCAGAAGGCUGAAGCUGCUCCGCUCACAGUCUUUACCGAGUCCCAGACCUUUCCUAGUAGAAAAACUGGUUUUAAAGUUGGGAUGAAGUUGGAAGGCAUUGACCCAAUGCACCCCUCCAUGUUUUGUGUGGUGACCAUUGCAGAGGCGAUUGGCUGUCGGCUACGCCUUCAUAUUGAUGGGUACUCAGAGUGUUAUGACUUCUGGGUAAAUGCAGAUUCACCCAAUAUUAGACCGGCAGGCUGGUGUAAAGAGCACAACCACAAGCUUCAUCCACCUAAAGGUCACAGUGAGACAGAGUUUGACUGGCAGCAGUACCUUCAGUCCACAGACUCUCAGUCUGCACCAGCAGCCCUGUUCACGUGUUGCACUGGAGGAUGUGGGUUCAGGGUGGGGAUGAAAUUGGAGGCAGUCGACAGAAAGAAUCCUGGACUUGUCUGUGUCGCCUCUGUUGCUGAUGUCAUCGAUGACUGCUUCCUUGUUCACUUUGACAACUGGGAUGACACAUAUGAUUACUGGUGUGACAGUAGCAGUCCAUACAUCCAUCCGGUGGGCUGGUGUGAAGAACAGGGACGACCUCUUACUGCGCCACAGGGUCACCCCAACCCUGAAAACUUUGUUUGGGAGGAAUACCUUCAGGAGACCGGUUCUACUGCUGCUCCUAUUUCAGCCUUUACUCUGAGAGCGCCACAUGGUUUCCAGGUGAACCAUAAGCUUGAGGCAGUUGACAGGAGAAACCCUAUGCUAAUACGCGUUGCCACAGUAACAGACACAGAGGACUACAGGGUGAAGAUUCAUUACGAUGGGUGGUCGACACAGUUCGAUGUGUGGUGUGACAGCGACCUCUGCGACCUGCAUCCUGUUGGCUGGUGUCAGCGCACUGGACAUCCACUGGAACCCCCCCCAGGUUUGUCCCACCUGCCCUCCCCCUCUCAGGGAGUAUGUCCUACUGCAGGCUGCAGAGGAGUCGGACACAUCAAAGGAGCCAAAUACACUGGACACCACAGUGCCUUUGGCUGUCCAUAUUCUGACAUUAACAUGCGUAAGGAGAUGGUGCUUCCUGAUAGGCUGGGCGGAGAACGAGUCAUAACCCUCAUACCUGUCACCGUGCGCCAGCAUGACAACCAGUCAGACAGCACGAGCUUUCAGAAGGCAGAACCCAGAGACGAGGAGCUGCUGGUUCCUCUUGGCAAGAGAAGAAGGCUGACAGACAGAACCACCCAAAUGCCCCAGCCAACCACAUUCCUUCGUGUGAAACAGGAAGAGGAGGAGCCUCAUCUCAGAGUCCUCAGCCCAGAAUCCAGUCUGCAGGCCGCCCUCCACCAGUCUGUCUUCCUCUCAGCCAUGUCAGCACAGCCCAGCCGCGACCUGUCACUAUGCUGGGAGCAACACCGCAAAUUGUUACCAGGUGUCGCAGGAGUCCACGCUGAGACUGUCCAACACUGGAGCGUCCAACAGGUGUCAGAUUUCAUAGAGUCUCUCCCCGGCUGUGAGGAACAGGCCAAACAGUUCAGAGACGAGCAAAUUGAUGGACGGGCCUUCCUCCUGCUCACCCAGCGGGACAUCAUCCGGAUUAUGUCAAUCAAACUCGGCCCUGCCCUCAAGAUCUACAAUUCCAUCCUGAUGUUCAAACACGCUGAGGACAGAAGCCGAUCACAUGCUAAGGAUAGGAGCCAAUCACAUGUUGAGCAUACCAAUACUUGACAUUUGCAGCUCGUAACUGACCAAAUCCAAACCUGAUAGACCCCAUUACCAUGGCAUCUACCCCUUAUUCUCUGAUCUGGACGAGCCAUGUUUUCCAUCCUGUUGUCACCUGAAUUUGUUUGACGUUACAGUGACCUUUCUGUUGGCAGGUCCUGUGACGUCAUUUCGACAUUCAGUUACUGUCAUCAUUAACACUUCAUGUGAAAACAACCAACCGUCACUUAGGGAAACUGCCCUUUGGAUGGGGCACAGCUUUAUUCAGGUGAACUAAAAACUGGAGGCAAAGCUUUAAGUGGGACUUACAACUUGUAUGAUCAGCAGUGGCAGUUCUGCCAGGAAACAUGGCUGUGCUCAGUCGAUUGUCUGAGAUGUUCAAAAAAAAAAAUCUGCAUCAAAACAUCUUGAGAUAGAUUUCUCCGUUUUGUUAUUUUAUCUGUAAAUCAGUCCUGGGAAGUAGUUUCACCGUUAUCUGAUCCAAGUUGCUUUAUUUGAUCAUAUUUACUUGUAAUAUUAUGAUAUCAGGGAAAAAAAUCAAAACACACAUGUCAAAUUAAAAAAGGCCCCUUCAGAACAUUAAACAGACUGCGCUACUCAGAGUCAAGUCCUUUUAUUUGUCCUCUAAUGCAAACGUAAGUUAUCAACAGAUUUGUAUUGUAAGAAAAGGGUUCUGUGAACAAAAAGUGUUGCAUUGAUUUUAGUAAAGCAGUGGUUCCACGAAAGAGAGUUAAAAACAUGACAGAAAUUAUUCCUCACAUGAAGAAAAGAAAAAUUCAGACAUUUAUUUGAAACAUUCACAACUGCAUUUCGGUCUCACAGUGACAAAAGUCCGGUUUACUGAAAAGGUUUCCAUAAUUAACACGAGUCUCAUCAUUGUGCUGAGUGUGUAAAAAUCAAAACCUGUAAUUCCUAGAAAAUCUUAAACAUCAUUACAGUGUUAUGAGAAAACUCUCCUAAUUACAGAAUGGCAUUAGAAUUUCAAAAAAGAGAAAAAUGAACAUUCUAAAAUAGUAUUACACAAAAUACAUCAAAUACAUCAUCAAAAGUCCCAAAACUACUUAAACAGAUAUUAUUCAUGGAGAUGUUUGCAUAGGUCUCCAAAACUGGGUAAGUUGCAUCUGCGUGCACACGUAGCCCUAGAGACCAAAGGUCCAUGUCCUUUUGAUUUUGGGGUGAACUUUAUUAGACUUCUUCUUGACUUCGCAGUGUCUUGAUGAGAUGCAACGCCAUGCUGAGAUGAACAAAACCAUUGUCUUCAUUCAGGCCUCAUCAGUCAGCAGAUUUCUACCAUGAUCACAGUACUAUGUGCUCUCUCCUCAUUACAUUACUAAUCCUGUUAACUUUUAACAUCAUCCUGCCACCUCUGCUGGGAUCUGUCAGGUUGUGGAAAUGUGUAAUUGGCUGCGUCUCUUAAACAAUCAAUAAAAUAACUGUUCAAUAA